AUGGUUGCGGUAGACACAUUAGUGGUUAAGACUUCAUCAAAUUCGAUUGGUCCAAAUUACUUUGAGAUCGAUCUCGAUGUCCAUCGGUUCAGCUUCAUAUCGCGGAAAGGGCUCGAGACCUUCUGGGAGCGGCUCAAGCAUGGCGUUCUUGAUCUUGGUCUGACUAUUCAGGCACAAAAGGCUGAGGAGUUGCCAGAGCAUGUCUUGUGCUGCAUGAGGCUGAACAAGAUCGACUUCGCCAACAACGGGCAGAUACCGACGCUGAUAACUGCAGCUGAUGAGUAA